AGUUUGUCCUGCACGCAGCGUGGUAUUUCCAAACGACCUGUGAGCGGUCACACUGUUCGCAUAGCGUCAUUGCUGUACUAAAACCUAAAAAUCCGCCGUGUUCGUAUUCCGCCAUUUUGAAAGCUGCGAGUGGAAUUUGGACGCGUUGCUGGAUUCUCGAUUUCAAUAUGAAGCGCCAAAAAUGAUUGCAGCGUUUGCAUCGUAGUCUUGAAAAGGUUUUUUUCAUUGAUUUAAUUAGAGCCACUGAAAGCGGUUGGCCAGCCAGAAAAACGAGGACCGACCAGGGAUAAAAGGAUUCCACACCAGCCUGCGCCCAGCGCCCCCUAAACGCGGUAGUCACUGACAGAAAAUCAAAAGAAACCACAGCCGGAAAAGGGCAAAAGUUUUAUUACGACGACGACGACGAAGAGCAGAGGACAGCAGACAGAUUGAAAAACAGCGAAAUGGACAAAAAUCUGAUGAUGCCGAAGCGUUCGCGCAUCGAUGUCAAGGGCAGCUUUGCCAACGGACCGCUGCAAGCACGCCCAUUGGUGGCCCUGCUCGAUGGACGCGACUGCUCCAUCGAGAUGCCCAUCCUAAAGGAUGUGGCCACGGUGGCCUUUUGCGAUGCACAGAGCACCUCCGAAAUACACGAGAAGGUCCUCAACGAAGCAGUGGGAGCUCUGAUGUGGCACACCAUCAUCUUGACAAAGGAGGAUCUUGAGAAGUUCAAAGCUUUACGCAUUAUCGUGCGCAUCGGCAGCGGCACAGACAACAUCGACGUGAAGGCGGCGGGCGAACUGGGCAUCGCCGUGUGCAACGUUCCCGGCUACGGAGUCGAGGAGGUGGCGGACACGACGAUGUGCCUCAUCCUCAAUCUCUACCGGCGGACAUACUGGCUAGCGAACAUGGUGCGCGAGGGCAAGAAGUUCACCGGACCCGAACAAGUGCGGGAGGCAGCGCAUGGCUGUGCACGCAUCCGCGGCGACACCUUGGGUCUGGUGGGACUGGGCCGCAUUGGAAGCGCCGUGGCCCUGCGGGCUAAGGCGUUCGGCUUCAACGUCAUCUUCUACGAUCCCUACCUUCCCGACGGCAUCGACAAGUCGCUGGGCCUAACUCGCGUCUACACGCUGCAGGACCUGCUUUUCCAGUCCGACUGCGUCUCACUGCAUUGCACGCUCAAUGAGCACAACCAUCAUUUAAUCAAUGAAUUCACAAUUAAACAGAUGCGACCUGGUGCAUUUCUGGUGAACACCGCACGCGGCGGUCUGGUCGAUGACGAGACCCUGGCGUUGGCGCUGAAGCAGGGAAGGAUAAGAGCUGCCGCCCUGGACGUUCACGAAAACGAACCUUACAAUGGCGCACUGAAGGAUGCCCCCAAUCUGAUUUGCACACCGCACGCCGCCUUCUUCAGCGACGCGUCCGCAACGGAGCUGCGCGAAAUGGCAGCCACCGAGAUCCGGCGGGCGAUCGUCGGCAAUAUUCCAGACGUGCUGAGGAAUUGCGUCAACAAGGAGUACUUCAUGCGCACGCCGCCUGCCGCUGCCGCCGGGGGCGUGGCGGCGGCUGUUUAUCCCGAAGGUAAACUACAAAUGAUAUCAAAUCAAGAAAAGUAGAGAGACAGAGACAGGCGAGCAAGGGAGCGUUAUUACAAGUAAAACAAAACAAAUCGAAACAAAAAUUAUGAAAAGAACAUAAGAAAUCAACCAACAAAAUCCAAGCAAAAAUACCAGAAAUCGUUUAAAAAAACACACAUACUUUACACAUACACACCAUACCAUACCACACCCACACAAGCACACGCACACGCACACAGAUGUAGCAAGCAUCCAAACAUACUUCUAUUCUUUCUCUGACUCAUUCGAAAGUAUAUAUAUAGACGACGGGAGUGGAGCGCGCCAGAGAGAGUAUAUAACAUUUGAAGCACGAUUCAAGAACACACGCUAUAAGAGUUGAUAUAUAAGUUACACAGUUUAAGCUAUACAAAUAUAUAGAUCUAUAUAUAUACAUAUAUAUAUUUAUAUAUAUAUAUAGUGGCUAAGCGCUGCACCAAGAUCAGAAUGUUUGACGUCGAUGAGGAGGAUUAGAACGCAGCCGAUGUUGGCCAAAAGUUACGUUUAUUCAAUAUGUAUCUGUGUAUGUAUAUGCAUUGUUUUGGCCCUUCUAAAACAGAGAACGCUUUCAACAGCAUCUCUGAAUUAUGUUUAGAGUGCUUUCAUCGAGUUUCCAAGCUAUCGAACUUUUUAAGAAAUUCUUCAACUGUAGUUCAAGUAGUUCUCCUUAGUCUACAACAAUUACGUGCAUAUAUAGUGACAUAGUGAAUAUACAGAUAAACGAAUAAGUUUCAAGAUAAUUUACACAUGAAAACAAGGUGAAAGUAAACAAUAUGAUGGAUUAUGUUGUUGAUGUUUCGCGACCUCCCUUCAUCCCUUCCAAAAAUCCCUCACAAGUAUCCGGCUUUAACUUUAACCGAAACUAGAAACAAUCAGCGAAAAGUAUGUAAAGUAAUUAAUUAUGUUCUGUGUAUUUAGCCAUGUAUUCAAUGUAUCUACAAACUAAUAUUAUUAUCGAAAAACCAAGCAAACGAUUCCAAUACGACUUACUCCCCACGUCAACACAUUUUGUAAGCUUAAGAAUAAAAUUGGUUACCUUAUUUUGCUCCAUUCA